GAGAGAUUACGGAUCCAAAACUUCAGAAAACUAGAUUUUGUAAAGCUAAAUUAAGCAGAAGAAGAAGAAGAAGAAGAAAUUGUUUUUGUGAUUGAUUAAUAUGGCGGCUAUGCAGUUAACGAGAACGGUUUUCUUCGGGAUCUCGAAGGCUUUCCCUAAAAGCCAAGCUCCUAGAACUCUUGCGGUAGCGAUUGGUCGGAAAAGCUCUCGUGUCUUUUUUGCAUCGUCGGUUAACCAUUCUAAGGGAAGAUAUGAUCCAGUAGAGAAAGCGAGAGACUCGAGGGCCGACUUGGCAUAUGAUUCGAAAAAAUGGAGAGAAGAAUCAGGAGAAUACGCAGAAGCAGGUAAAGGGAAAGCCCACAAGACAAAAGAGGAAGCUAAGGACAAAGCUUACGAUAUGAAAGAGAGAACGAAAGAUUAUGCUGAACAAACUAAGAAUAAAGUGAAUGAAGGAGCAAGCAGAGCAGCUGAUAAAGCCUAUGAGACGAAAGAGAAGGCCAAGGACAAAGCCUAUGAUGUGAAAGAGAAGACGAAAGAUUACGCAGAAGAGGCCAAGGAUAAGGUGAAUGAAGGAGCUAGUAGAGCUGCUGAUAAAGCUUACGAGACAAAAGAGAAGGCUAAAGACAAAGCCUAUGAUGUGAAAGAGAAGACAAAAGAUUUUGCGGAAGAAACUAAGGAGAAAGUGAAUGAAGGAGCGAGUAGAGCAGCAGAUAAAGCUUAUGAUGUGAAGGAGAAGACAAAGAAUUAUGCGGAACAAACAAAAGAUAAAGUGAAUGAAGGAGCGAGUAGAGCUGCGGAUAAAGCUGAAGAGACAAAAGAUAAAGCAAAGGACUAUGCAGAGGACUCAAAGGAGAAAGCAGAGGACAUGGCUCAUGGGUUUAAGGAAAAGGCUCAAGAUAUUGGGGAGAAGACUAUGGAUACUGUGAAAGAUGUGUGGGAGACGGCGAAGAGCACGGCUCAGAAGGUGACUGAGGCUGUGGUUGGGUCCGGUGAGGAGGCGGAUAAGGCUAGGGAUGAUGUUGAUAAGGGCUUGGAAGAUUUGUCGAAAAAGGCGAAGGAAAAUCGAAAUAAGGAUGAUGAUUUCAAGAGGUUCUAAAUUUACUGAUCAUCUUGUUACCUUUUCUCUUUUGUUGUUAUUUUACUAUAGGUGGUGUUUCAUCUUUCUAUGUUUUAAAAGCUCUGUUUGAGAAACUUUUAUAGUAGGGUAUUAAAGGUUUUAUCAAACAUUCCUUUGGCUUUGAGGUUGAUGUGUAAAAAUAAGCUAAGAUCAGAAAGAUAUCUUCAAAGUAAAGAUGGCGCUUCAUCGUUCCAUC